AUGGCGAAGAAGACCGCAGAAAACGGCAUCUACAGCGUGUCCAGGGAAAAGAAGGGCUCCCUUCUGGACCCCGCCGAGGGAGCCCCCACCAUCAAGACCGAGGUGGUGGCCGCCGGCCUGGGCACCUCGGGCCCGGGCCUGGCCAUCCCGCCGCGGGAGACGUGGACCCGCCAGAUGGACUUCAUCAUGUCCUGUGUGGGCUUCGCGGUGGGCCUUGGCAACGUCUGGCGCUUCCCGUACCUGUGCUACAAGAACGGCGGAGGAGUAUUCCUUAUCCCCUAUCUUCUGAUUGCUCUGCUGGGAGGGAUCCCCAUCUUCUUCCUGGAGAUCUCCCUGGGCCAGUUCAUGAAAGCUGGCAGCAUCAACGUUUGGAACAUCUGUCCCCUCUUCAAAGGCCUGGGCUUUGCCUCCAUGGUGAUAGUCUUCUACUGCAACACUUACUACAUUAUGGUGCUGGCUUGGGGUUUCUACUACCUGGUGAAGUCCUUCACGGCCUCCCUGCCCUGGGCCUCCUGCGGGCACAGCUGGAACAGCCCGGAGUGUGUGGAGAUCUUCCGCCUGGAAGACUGCGCCAACGGCAGCGUGGCUAACCUCACCUGUGACCAGCUGUCCGAUCGGCGCUCCCCCGUCAUCGAGUUCUGGGAAAGGAAAGUCCUUCGCCUGUCUUCCGGGCUGGAGGUGCCUGGGGAUCUCAACUGGGAGGUGACCCUCUGCCUCCUGGCCUGUUGGGUUUUGGUCUACUUCUGUGUCUGGAAGGGAGUCAAGUCAACCGGAAAGAUUGUUUAUUUCACUGCUACAUUCCCGUAUGUCGUCCUCCUUGUCCUGCUGGUGAGGGGAGUCAUGCUGCCAGGAGCAUUGGACGGCAUCAUCUACUAUCUCAAGCCUGAUUGGUCGAAGCUGGGGUCUCCACAGGUAUGGAUCGAUGCUGGCACACAGAUCUUCUUUUCCUAUGCCAUCGGCCUGGGGGCACUCACUGCCCUGGGAAGCUACAAUCGGUUUAACAACAACUGCUACAAGGAUGCCAUCAUACUGGCACUCAUCAACAGCGGCACCAGCUUCUUCGCUGGCUUCGUGGUGUUCUCCAUCCUGGGCUUCAUGGCCACAGAACAGGGCGUGCACAUCUCCAAGGUGGCCGAGUCAGGACCGGGGCUGGCCUUCAUCGCCUAUCCUCGGGCCGUCACCCUGAUGCCUAUGGCCCCACUCUGGGCUGCCCUCUUCUUCUUCAUGUUACUGCUGCUCGGCUUGGACAGCCAGUUCGUAGGGGUAGAAGGGUUCAUCACUGGCCUCCUGGAUCUCCUCCCGGCCUCCUACUAUUUCCGGUUCCAUCGGGAGAUCUCUGUAGCCCUGUGUUGCGUGGUCUGCUUCAUCAUCGACCUCUCCAUGGUUACCGAAGGCGGCAUGUACGUCUUCCAGCUGUUUGACUACUACUCGGCCAGCGGUAUGACCUUGCUGUGGCAGGCUUUCUGGGAGUGUGCAGUGGUUGCCUGGGUUUAUGGUGCUGACCGGUUCAUGGACGAUGUUGCCUGUAUGAUUGGCUACCGGCCUUCCCCUUGGAUGAAAUGGUGCUGGUCCUUCUUCACCCCACUGGUCUGCAUGGGCAUCUUCACCUUCAACGUGGUGUACUACAAGCCACUCGUGUACAACACCACCUAUGUGUACCCAUGGUGGGGCGAAGCCGUGGGCUGGUGCUUCGCCUUCUCCUCCAUGCUGUGUGUGCCGCUUUACCUCCUUUAUCACCUUCUAGGGGCCAAAGGGACAUUCAUUGAGCGUUGGCGAGACCUGACCCAGCCAGUGUGGGGUCUCCAUCACUUGGAGUACAAGGCUCAGGACUCUGAUGUCAGGGGCCUGACCACCCUGACCCCGGUGUCUGAGAGCAGCAAGGUCAUCGUGGUGGAGAGUGUCAUGUGACCUGCCCGGGGUGGGGGGGGGCAGGAAGGGGGCACCUGCCUCCGCCCUGAGUGCCCAAAGCCAACAGGGAGAGACGGCCAGUGCUCUCCCUCUUUUGCCUACCCACCCCUCACCAGCCUCCCUUCUUGUAGCCAUAGUAAAACCCCCUCUCACUCCUUUCAACCCCCCUCACUGAGACCCUGGGGAGGGGGAGCCUUUUCUGUAUGAUCCUGAAUAGAGGGGACCCGGGUCAGGCUGGGGCCACAGUACGGUGUAUGCGUGCUUGAGUUCAACUGGUCUUUUCUUUCUUUUUUUAAGAUAAAACACCAAAAAAAAAGUAGAAAAUUAAAAAAAAAAAAAAAAAAAAAAAAAACUACCCACCAAAUCAAGACCCCACCCCACCCAUGGCACCUAGUCUAGUUGGUGGCAAAGUGAGAGCUUUCCGCCUACCCGAACCCCCUUCCCCCGCUCGGGGAGCAGGGACCUGUUCCCCUUAGGUCCUCCCAACAGAGGAGCCACCCCUCCUAUCAAGCCUUUUUUUUUUUUUUAAAUUUUGGUGGAUGGGACUCUCUCUGUCUCUGUCUCUCUCUCUGUCUCUCAGACCUCCUGGGCCUCAACUCCAAUCAGGUCCCCUCCCAUCCUACGUGGGAGCCAGCUGCACCUUGUGUGUAAGGGGGGCAACCAAUUUGAGUCCAUUCCCCACCCCCUUUCCCCCCCAGAUCAUGCUAGUUGGGAGAGCUUGUUGGGUGGGAGUCACCCCUCGAGCCCCAAUCCCCCCAGAUUCCGGUGUGUGUGCGUGCAUGGGUGGGUGGGUGGCGUGACUGCGUGCGCAUGUGUACAUAUAUACAGUGGUUAUAUAUAUAUACAGUAUAUAGCUAUAUACAAUCCGUGUAUAUACAGUAUAUAUAUAUCUAUAUAUAUGGGAUUGAGAGUACCAGGUGUAAAUUAUGCCCGCGGGCAAAGAAGACUUGUAUUUUGCACAUUUUGUAAAAACUCUAAAGAGAAGAGUGAUUUCUGCCUGUAUAUUUCUAAAAAGAGACACAACCCUCCUCCACCCCAGCCCCAAGAGAGCUUGAUAGAGAUCUAAUUUUGUUAGAAAAAAAAAAAGCUGAAAAAAAAAAAAAAGCCUCCCAUCCUGGUUCUGUCACAGGUUUCGGUCCUCCGGCCCUUCUGCCUCAAGCCGCCACCUAGAGUGGCGAGGGGAGUCCCAGUCCGGGAGGCUGGAUGCCUGUUUCUGCCCCCUCCCCGGCGAUGCUGCCUGCCUGUGGCAUGGUGCCCAGUAUUCUAGGUCUCGAGGCCUGGAGGGAAGGGGUGUCUCCCAAAACACCAGCCUGGCACAGCCCAUGGUGCCACUGUCCAGAUUCAUCCCUCCCCAUUCUGGCCCCUUCCCUGAAUGGCAUCCCAGGAAGGGGAGGGUAGUAGAUCUGGGGAAGAAAGGGGCACCCUCGGGUGCCUCAGAGAUAACCCCUGCCAGUGUGCCCCCCUUCUAUGUCUGAUGCACUUUGCAUAUACUUUCCAGUCUUCCACAUAGAAGCUUUAACCCUCUUUGUCUGUGUCAAAAACUCUCGACAGCCAAAAUGGGCCCCUGCGGAGACCGUUCCCGCUCCCAAGUCUUGGGGGGCCCUGGGACAUUGUGACUGCUAAAAAGCCACCUGCAAACAUAGCAAUAAAGACAUGUCAUUUUUCAAA